GCAUAAAGUUGGGAAAGUUUAUAUUUUUCACCGCGUCCUAUAUCACCUUCGCACCGCCCUAUUCGCGUCUCAAACUGUCCUUCCAAUUAAAUGAAUGUGAAGCAGUGUUUCACCGCGCGGCAUCCUGUGUGUGUGUCAUUUUCACCCGCGACGUCGUUUUCAAAAUAGGCCAAUUUCCAGGAAAACUUCAAACAUGGCAACACUUUCACCAACCAAUGACAGGUUACACCACAUCCACUUCCCAGCAAGCCUUGUGUCCUAAAAAAAUACACGCGCGGAAAGUCAAGAUUUUGGAAAGGAUUUGUCCAGCGCCCGACUCUGUCUGAAGUUGGUAUACAAAACCGAAAGUAAAAGGCGAACAAAAUAACUUAAGAACGGGAAAUCCUUCAGUAAGAGACUCAAAUGACCACAAACACUACACCUAAAUCUGCUUCUAUUCUGAAAGAUGUUGUUGCCUACGUUGACGUGUGGUCAUCAAGUAAAACAGAGAAUUACUCGAAACCGUUCAUCCAGCAGCUGCAGGAUAUGGGAGGUGUGGUAUCUAAAACCUUCAAGAAACAAGUCACACACGUAGUCUUUAAAAAUGGCCAUCAAGCAACCUGGAAUAAAGCCAAGAAGACAGGUGUGAGACUUGUGUCUGUCCUCUGGGUGGCCAGAUGUAAAGAUGAUGGUGAACAUGUUGAUGAGGAGUUGUAUCCGGCAUUAAAUGAUGAAGUCAAUUCAGCAUUCAAGAAAAGGGUGCAUCGUUGUAUGCAGCCAAGAGACACCCCUGAGAGGACCCCUGAGAAUGAUAGGCGCAUGAAGAAAAAACUGGACAAGAUGAUCGAAGACCUAGUACCAAAAUCACCUUUUAUAGCAGAUGUGUCCCCUUACAUUAUCGACGAAGAGAAAGGAAUAGUUUACAGUCCUUCUAUGAAACGGUGUGACUUCAUGGCACAGAGGCUGAAGGAGAUGAGAGAAGCUAGGGAAAAUCUAUCCGCCGCAGCUUCACAGAUGGGACAAUCUAGGUUAUCACCUGAGUUUAAGCCUUCUCUUGGGAAUACACCAUCCCACUCUUUCUUGAAAAACCUGGAAGAAGAAUCUGAUCAGGAUUUUAAUACAUAUUUUGGCUCAAAUCAGACUGAUGGAGAGGAGCAACAUGAAGCCACCUGUGAACCACAGCACAAGAAAGACUUUCAGAAACCUUGGAAGUCAACGUGCAGUGAUUUGCCCAGACAAAAUGCAUUGGUUCAAAGUCCUUUGCCCAAUUCACCGGCUAAAGAGCGUAAACAAGACAAAAAUCCUAAGAGGACCUCAAUUAAAUGUAAUGUCAUCAAAAAGCACAUCUCCUUAGAGAGUCCCUGUCUGGAUGACUGCCCGGAGGGUAGCAAGAGUGUGCAAUCAGUGUUUACGUUUAACAGUUUCGGGAUGGGAAAAAAUGGGCUAUCAUCCAGCAGAAGUAAUAUGGAAAAAGUCACACCACCUGUCAGGAAAAGCAGAACACCACAGUCCCUUCCAGAAAGUAAGCCAACUACUAAUCUGGAGAUUUCUAGUCGCCGUUCUUCAAAAUGUUUACCCGAAAAACCCACUGUGCCUCAUCGAACGUCCCUAAAGAUUACCACACCGAAAUCAAAAGUGAGCGAAUGUAUAAAAUCCUCGCUUCCUGCUUUAGAAAGAUCUUGCACGGUCUCAAAUAGCUUCCGUGCCUCCCCCUGUGCAGACGAUGAUGAUGGGGUAUUUGUGGACUUCUUCUCUCCAGCUAACAACCCUAGGAGACAACGAAGCUGCCUCUUACCCAGCUUGCCCUUAGAGUCCAAGGUUCCGAUCCCCUUUGAACUGGAGCCUCAGCCUAGCCCUGGGAAGAGGAAGAGGGGCAAGAGUGAAACCACAGGGUCUGAGUCGGCCAGUGCCAAAAAGAGAACACAUGGGGUGCCCAGUGUAAGAGAAACCAGCAGUGUAAACAGCAUGUUAGAUCAACAUGCUCAUCCACGCCAGGAUACAAAGGGAUGUCCAUCCUCCGAGGACAAUAAUACAAAACAAACUCUGACUAGAAGAAGUAGGCAUAGCGCAUUGCCAUUCUCUAGAGUGUCUAAAGACUUCACUGAUGAACUGACUAGUGCCCCUGACCAGCAGAGUGCUUCAACAGAUCCCACACACCUUUCAAAACCAAGUUUGGCAGCAGCAAACAAAGCACUAGAUAAGCAAACAAGUUUGAUUCUCUUAACUCGGCACAAGGACAAACAAGUAAAAAGUAGCCGACAUUUCAAAAGUAUAUGAAUUCUAAACCGUAUAUACUACGUGUUGUGAUGUUACCAUGUCAUCAAUAUAAUCAAUGCAAUGGUAUUCAAGACAUUAGCAUGUUUUACUAAUCAAUAUACAUGGAGUAUACAAAACAGUAAGAACACCUGCAUGACAGACUGACAAGGUGAAUCCAGGUGAAGGCUAUGUCACCUGUUAAAUCCACUUCAAUC